AUGCACUAUAUCAGAUUCUGCCGACCGCCCGAGGUCCAUUCCGGCCGAUCCCAGUCCUCGGUCAAAAUCGUGCUCACCAUCACCACCGACCUCAGCGACUCGUUCCUCUCACCGCGCAGCCCGGUCCAACUCGCCGUCAUAGGCGCAUACACCGAGCACAACGACGGGAGGUCCCAGCUCAUUCCCGUUUUUUUGACGCAGAACAAUCCCCCGGCAUGGCGGGCUGGAAUGAGGGUGCUCAAGCUGGACCUGCCGCUGCCACCGCGGCCCAUCGAGACCAUACAGAUCCGACCAUUGAGCCGGCAGCUGACAGCUCUGAGUACGGAGGAUGUCCUUCCCGGAAACCAGGGAUUGAUUAUGGCCGUCUACGCGGACAUGCCCCGCCAGGGCGAUGGCCGGGCGCCGUCGGUGUGUUUCCGGAGCCUGCGCCUGUCCGCUGGCGAUGUAGCUGCCGGCCAAACCCUGCAGAUAGAAGAAGACCUGGGCGAAAGCAUCGCGCGCCACAUCUGGGACUCCGGCAUUGUCAUGGUCUCUUUGCUUGCAGAUAUUUGCUUGGAUUCCACCGAUGCAAGUCAUGGGAAGCCGUUGCCCCUGUUUCGCGGCAUCCUUCUGAGCGACAGCAGGUCACUCAACGUACUGGAACUUGGGUGCGGAGUUGGCGUCAUGGGCAUCGGUCUGGCACGGAUCUUGUCCCUCAGGCGGGCAAAACAUACGCCGCAUAUCCUCAUGACAGACCUGCCCGAAGCAGAGGAGAAGGCACGUGCGAACAUCGCCCGCCAAGGCGAGAGUUUGGCGGGCGGCUCGGCCAAUCUGAAUUUUGAGCCUCUAGAUUGGCACGACGGGGAAAAGGGAGUCCUUGGCGAGAAGGCAGCUUCACGCGCGUGGGACCUCGUCGUGCUGUGUGACUGCACCUACAACACCGACACGCUCCCGCCGCUCGUCAAAACACUCUCGGCCCUUCACAGUCACUCCGCCCGGCGAAGUGCCGACGGUCGGUGCCACGUCAGAACCGAAGUUCUUGUCGCUACCAAACCGAGGCACUCAUCCGAGAUGAUCUUUUUCGACUUGAUGUCCGACGAUGGAUGGACCGUCCGGGAACAGACAGCCCUGUCGCUGCCUCUUCUAGAUGGUGAAGGACAGACCGUCGAAGUUUAUAUGUUUGGGAAGGAGGGGUGA